AUGAUCAAAUCUACACAAAUUGCCAGGCUAGAUGGCCUAAUGUUGUGCGCUUCAGUUGAUGACGAACAGACCGAAAAUUCUUUGGCCGACAUCAAGUCCCAAGUGAAGCUGGUUCUCCGGAAAAUGAAUCGAAACUCCGCCGAGCAAGCCACUCUCGAUAGUGGUCCAUAUACUAUGCACUACAUGAUUUCGAAUGAUGUCGUUUUUCUCUGCAUCUGCGAACGCUCAUAUCCAAGGAAGCUUGCAUUCACAUACCUCUCUGAUAUUUGCACCGAAUUCAACAACACAUACCCAGCCACUCAAGUACACUCAGUCACUUUGAGACCAUAUGCGUUUAUGGAUUUCGAUACUUUUAUUUCGCGGACAAAAUCCACAUAUUCUGAUACGCGAGCGACUCAGAAUCUUGACAAGCUCAAUGAUGAACUCCGAGACGUUACCAAGGUUAUGACCAAGAACAUCGAGGAUUUGCUUUAUAGAGGAGAUAACCUGGAGCGUAUGGGAGAAGUGAGCAGCAGACUGAGAGAAGAUAGCAAAAAAUAUCGCAAAGCUGCCGUAAGAAUCAACUGGGAGUUAUUGUUGAAACAGUAUGGACCAAUUGGUGGACUGGGACUCUUUAUAAUCAUCUUCAUCUGGUGGAGAUUCUUCUAA